ACAGAUGUUCCUGGCGUUGCACAUCAAAAGACGCUCCCAUGGUCCAAGGGGACGCAUUCACGGUGGGCAGCGUUUGGGAGGUCAUUCUUGAGUUGCGUCUAUUGUCCUCCGUGUGCGUUGUGUCGGUCAACAAGCUGUUUUCAUGCUCAUUGCGACGGAGCCUCUCUUCGAGUUUGGCGGCGACCUCCUCUACUGGAACAUGUUGCUGGAGGCUUCUGAGGGCAAAGUCUCGAUCCAAACCCUGCGCGACAGCUUGGAACACCGUAUCGGCUGCAUGCACUCGCUCCUGGAGAACUCUUCGUUCGCUUCGCAACUUCUCCUUGGUCUCUCCAGGUCUCUCGUCGUAUACACAAUCUCGUUGACUUUGUUCGCAGCGUUGGCAUGGUUGCAAGCCGUUGCACUGGGUGUGUUAAUGCGGAAGCGAGGCGAUGGUGUGAGCGCAAGUGUGUGCGAAGCCAGCAUUCUCGACACUGGAAAGCCCCCGGCUGGGCAUAUGGGCGAUGUCUGUCCGUGUCAUAGGAAAGAACUCACCCGAGCUCGCUUUUGUCGACAAAAGCGACAGGCACUGUACGACGACUUAUUCUUACCCAUGGCUCUCGAGAGGAGAAACGGGGCCUUGGCUGUCGUGUCGACUCUUGAAUUUCGACGGGCAGGGCGAGCCUAUUUGAAACACACUGUGUGCCGCUACGUUAUGGAAGCUGUGUCGGCAGAGAUGAUGAAAGACGAGCAAAUCACGAUGACGGGCCUGAUUCGACACAUGGAGUAGCUCGCGCUGAAGAUCAAUACCGUGUACGCGGCACGGCUGAGCUCGACCAACAUCCCGGCGUUGGGGCAAGAAGCGAGAGAAGAGUGAAGAUCGAUCAGAAUCACGAUGAAGGGGGGUCGGCAAAACUUCAAGGGGCCGUCCAGGAGAUGUCGCCUGUCGUUCGCGUUAAUAUGGGACUGGAUAUGCCAACAGUACAUAAAGAAAGGUACGUACCGAGUCUUGGCUCUUCCCGGUGCGGCCACUGCUUCAAU